AUGGGAAGGAUUUAUAAGGAGACCGCCAAACCCUCGUCGUCGACGGCGUCUCCGUCGGCACCAGCAGUGACGACGUCGACGUCUAUAACGGAGACGGUGAACGGGUCUCACGACUUCAAGAUUACGGGUUAUUCAUUGUCCAAAGGAAUUGGGAUCGGAAAGUAUAUAGCGUCGGACACUUUUAUGGUCGGUGGGUACUCAUGGGCGAUCUAUUUCUAUCCUGAUGGGAAGAGUGUGGAGGACAACGCGACAUAUGUCUCACUUUUUAUUGCCCUAGCGAGUGAGGGCACGGACGUGAGGGCUCUUUUCGAGUUAACGCUUAUGGAUCAAAGUGGGGGUGAGAGGCACAAGGUGCAUAGCCAUUUUGGUAGGGCGCUGGACAGUGGGCCGUAUACUCUUAAAUACAGAGGCAGCAUGUGGGGAUACAAGCGGUUUUUCAAAAGAUCUACUUUGGAAGGAUCACACUACCUGAAGGAUGAUUGCCUUCAAGUACAUUGCUGUGUUGGCGUUGUUAGGUCUAACACAGAGGGACCUAAGAUCUACUCUAUACCAGUACCACCAUCUGACAUUGGUCAGCAUUUUGGGCAGCUGCUGGAAAGUGGAAAAGGAACUGAUGUAAAUUUUGAAGUUGAUGGAGAAAUUUUUCCGGCUCACAAAUUGGUACUUGCCGCUCGUUCACCAGUAUUUAGAGCUCAAUUAUAUGGUCCCAUGAAGGAUCAAGAUACGCAGUGUAUAAAAAUAGAAGACAUGGAGGCACCCGUUUUUAAGGCCUUACUUCAUUUUAUAUACUGGGAUGUGCUACCUGACAUGGAAGAACUUACUGGGAUGAACUCGAAAUGGGCUUCUACAUUGAUGGCUCAGCAUUUGCUUGCAGCUGCUGAUCGGUAUGGUUUAGAUAGGCUCCGGUUGCUUUGUGAGGCUAAUCUCUGUGAGGAUGUUGCUAUAAAUACUGUUGCAAAUACGCUGGCAUUGGCAGAGCAGCAUCAUUGUUUCCAGCUGAAAUCUGUGUGUCUCAAAUUUGUUGCAUUGCCUGAAAAUCUUAGAGCUGUUAUGCAGACUGAUGGUUUUGAGUAUUUGAAAGAAAGCUGUCCUCGUGUCCUCACUGAAUUGUUAGAGUACGUUGCCAGGAUCACUGAACACUCCAUUGCCAUUGGCAAACAUGGAAAUGAAGCUCAGAACACUAUGGAAUCCAGUGAAGAUUCUGCGAAAACCGCAAUAAUAACAACAGCAAGGCAUAAGUGUGCGGCAUGUUUCAAGCAGUAUAAGAAAAAGGAGCAUCUUGUUGCACAUAUGAAAGUCUCGUAUCACUCAGUUCACCAGCCUCAAUGCGGUGUGUGUCAGAAGCAUUGCAAAUCCUUUGCAUCACUAAGGGAGCACACAACUGGUUUACUUGCUAAAGGGAAUUGUUCAAAAAUAUUUGCUGAAAGAGGUUGCACCCUCUGUAUGAGAAUUUUUGACAGUCCGGCUUCUCUCUGUGAACACCUGGAAAGCUGUUGCCUACCUGCUCCUUUUCCCCUUGAUUUGGUGACAGAAUCUCAAAUUGAUAUAAAUGGCAGUGGGAGAAUUCCUGAAGCAAUCGCUAUGGAUUGCGAAAUGGUUGGCGGAGGAAGUGAUGGGUCACUGGAUAUAUGUGCUAGGGUAUGCCUUGUUGACGAAGAUGAAAAACCGAUUUUCCAUACUUACGUAGUACCGCUAAUUCCCGUUACCGAUUAUAGGAACGAAGUUACUGGUAUUACUGAGGAGAAUAUGAGAGAUGCUAUGCCACUUAAGGAAGUGCAAGAUAAAAUUUUGCAGAUUCUCUACAAUGGAGAGUCGAUUGGGAUAUUACGGUUACAUGGUGGCAAAGCUAGAGUUCUUGUGGGUCAUUCCCUUGGGCACGAUUUAAAUUGCUUGAGAAUGAAUUAUCCUGAUCAUCUUCUGAGGGAUACAGCAAAAUACCCUCCCUUAAUGAAGACAAACCUCGUCAGUCACUCGCUCAAGUACCUUACCAAGACCUAUCUCGGGUACGAUAUCCAGUCGGGGUUGCAUGAUCCUUACGAAGAUUGUGUAUCAGCAAUGAGGUUGUACAAGAGAAUGCGGUCACAAUGUCACCCAAGAAAAGGUAUGGGAAUGUUAUUGGCUGCUGCUCAUAGUCCAUCUACGAACACUUUUGAUUCUUGGAAGCCCAAAGAACUUGAGAAUAUGACACCAGAUGAGCUUUUCAGUAUCUCCAAGUCAAAUUACAAGUGUUGGUGUUUGGAUUCAGGGCCUCUUCUUUCAUGA